GCCCAGCGGCGCACCGCGGGAGCUUCCCAAGCUCCAGCUCACGCAUAACCCGGAGCUUACUACCAGUCUGAAUCCCACCGACAACAUGCCUUCGUACACUCAUUUGGUCGCGCUCCUCGCGUUUGUUCCUUUCAUCGCCGCCGCGCCCGCGGCGAGCGCCUGCACCGGCACCAUCGCCUCUCUCGAUGACGUCUCCGCCGCGGUGAAAUGCAAGACGGUGGUCAUUAACGCGUUCACCGUCCCCGCCGGCAAGACGUUCGACCUCCCCCUCUUGGACGGCACCACCGUCACUAUGAACGGCGACGUCAAGUUCGCCGUUAAGAACUGGGCGGGACCGCUCUUCCAAGUCAGCGGCAAGUCCAUCACGUUCAACGGCAAUGGGCACACGUUCGACGGCAACGGUGCUUCCUACUGGGACGGCCAGGGUGGUAACGGCGGUGUCACCAAGCCCGCACCCAUGAUGAAGAUCAAGACCUCCGGGACGUACACCAACGUCAAGGUCCUGAACUCACCUGCUCGCGUGUACAGCGUGUCCAACCCCGCGCAGCUGACGAUGUCCAAGCUGACGAUCGACAACUCCGCGGGCGACGCUGCAAACUCGAAGAGCGACGGCAAGGCCGCAGGCCACAACACCGACGGCUUCGACUGCAGCACUACCGACCUCACUAUCGACGACAGCACUAUCCACAAUCAGGACGACUGCCUCGCCAUCAACAAGGGCAGCAACAUUAUCUUCCAGGGCAACACCUGCAUCGGCGGCCACGGUAUCUCCAUUGGCUCGAUCGACUCUAGCGUGACCGUCUCCGGGAUCACCAUUAAGAACAACAUCAUCAAGGACAACGACAACGCCCUCCGCAUCAAGACCAAGGCCUCUGCGACGGGCUCAACCGUGUCUGGCAUCACCUUCUCCGGCAACACCGCCACUGGCAUCCGCAAGUACGGUGUCAUUAUCGACCAGAGCUACCCCUCCACUCUUGGCACGCCCGGCACGGGCGUGAAGCUUUCCGGCGUGAACUUCUCUGGGAGCACCAACUCCAUCGCCGUGGCCAGCGGCGCGAAGCGCGUGGAGGUGAACUGUGGCUCCGGUGCCUGCACCGGCACCUGGGACUGGUCCGCGCUGAAGGUGUCUGGUGGCUCUGCUGGCUCCAUUAAGAACUUCUCUGGCAUCAAGGGCUUCACCCAGUAG